GCUUAAACUUCCACGCAUCAUUCAUUGCAAAUGUACAUUUUAUUGAUUAAAUGUCUAUCUGCAACUAGCCUUUUGUUUUUACAAAACAGUGUUAUCAUUCACUACACAAUAGUCGUCGACAAAAUAACAGGACUUAAGAUAAACUACAAUGUACGGAUUUUACGUAGCUGUGUGGCGUAGAAAGCUGGAGCCUACGAAUUAUUCGAGUAAAAUGGCAGAGCUCAUGGAAGGCGACGCAGGACAACUACACCAGGGGGACGUCGAUAUAAAAGGUGGUGAUGAAGAUCCACGCACACUUGUGGAGAACCAAUCAGAUGAGACUGUCUCCUCCGCUGGCACUGAGAUGAAGGCUGAGGUCGUGGAAGUGGGAGACAGCGAGGCCAAGCCGUCAACAACAACCAUCGAGAGACAUCUCUCUAUUCAGACCAAACUGGAGGGGCUGGAGGUGCUUGUUGAUCUUAAUGGUGCUGGGAGAAAGUCCUGCCCACUCUGCCCUGAGGAGAAAUUCAAGGCCUGCUACAGCCACAAACUCAGACGACAUCUUCAGAACCUCCACUGGAAAGUCUACGUGGAGUUUGAGGGCCAACGAAUGUGCAUUUGUCACUUGCCUUGUCGACAACUGAAGCCCAACCUCAAUGGAGACCAGGCUUCAGGAAGGCUGGUGGCCCACUACCACUGUGUGGUGUGUUCAGUCACCAUCGCCCGUAAGACCGACAUGAUCAGCCACCUGAAACGUCACGUGAACAAGGGUGAGACGGAGGCCAGCUACUCCAGCAGCUCCGACAUGCCCUGUGAGGAGCCAGCUUCCUCUGGACAGGCCUAUGAAAUCAUGAAGGAGCUGGGGACCAAUGUGCAGCUGCUGCCCAACCACACCACCCCUCAGAAGACCGACACAUACUUCAACCGCAAGAUGAAGACCAACAGGCAACUCGUAUUCUGUGCCCUAGCAGUUUUAGCCGAGGAGAGGAAUCCACUGGAGUGUCUAGAUGCCUUUGGAGCCACAGGCAUCAUGGGCCUGCAGUGGGCUAAGCACCUCCGGAACGCCGUCAAGGUGACCAUAACCGACAUCAGCGAGGCAUGCGUCAAAAUGAUCCGGGAAAACUGCCACCUGAAUCACAUCCGGGUGGAGGGCUCCCGGGGGCCCCGGACCCCCGACGUACCCGACGUAGAGGGGGUGCCCAUCGCCACGGUGGAGGUCACCAAGAUGGACGCCAACGUGAUCAUGCACCUCCGCCCCUUCGACUACAUACACCUGGAUCCGUUCGGCACGGCCGUGAACUACCUGGACGCGGCGUUCCGGAAUGUGCGGAACCUCGGCAUCAUCUCAGUGACGUCCACGGACACCGGCUCGCUCUACUCCAAGUCCCUGAACGUCACCCAGCGUCACUACGGCUGCCAGAUCGUCAGGACGGAGUACUACAGGGAGCUGGCGGCACGGAUGGUGCUCGCCACUGUGGCCCGUGCGGCUGCUCGCUGUAACAAGGGCAUCGAGGUGCUUCUGGCCGUGGCUGUGGAGCACUUUGUCCUGGUGAUAGUCCGUGUCCUCAGGGGCCCUACGCAGGCAGACGAGUCAGCCAAGAGGAUGCAGCACCUCAUCCACUGCCAGUGGUGCGAGGAGAGGGUCUUCCUCAAGCAAGGCAGCAUGGUGGAGGAGAGCCUGUACAGCCAGCUGCCCUGUAACUGUCAUGGGAGCAUGCCCGGAAAAACUGCUGUGGAACUGGGGCCCCUGUGGUCGGGGCCUCUGUUUAACUCUGGCUUCCUGAGGAGAAUGCUGUUUGCAGCUGUCCAGCACAGCAUGGAGGACAUCCAGGCUCUGGUCAAGACUCUAAUCUGUGAGUCUGAGUGCACCACCCUGAAGUCCUCCGUCCACGGCUCCUCUACCCUCGUCAACCAAGUGGAAUGUGGUGUUGUUAUCAAGACAUUACAGAAGGUCGACGACUCAGGAUUCUCUGACCAGACAGGAAAGAGGAAGUCAGGGGAUGAGCCUGGUAAUGUUGUCAAGAAGCUGAAGUCCGACGCGUCUCUGGAACAUCCGGGAUUCUACUACAGCAUCCACCGCCACAGUAUCCGAGGCAUGAACAUGCCCAAGUUGAACAAGUUCCUCCAAUACCUGACCGAGGCAGGGUUUCGAGUGAGCAGGACUCAUUUUGACCCGACCGGGGUUCGGACCGAUGCCACCCUGGAGCAGUUCAAGUCUGUGCUCACCAAGUACAGCGUGCCCACCUACACCAACGCCCUGGCUGGCCAGACGGGACUCGGGACCGAGCAGGCUGGGAGGGGGGCGGACUGAUCCAUUCUGACCCGGGGGGGGAAUCUGCUGGAUCAGAACCAAAGAGUUCUGAUAGCACUGAUUACAUAUACCUAUCUGUUUAACUUCCCAAUUGGUGUACCUUUUGACCUCUCUCGUGGUAGGGUGACGGUGGUAUUCAAACCAAAUCAAAAUCAACAGCUUCUUCCAUUGUCUUGAUGUCUGUCAGUGUUAACCAAACUGAGCCUACAGAACAAAGCCCAUUGAUAUUUAUUUGUUUUGGCGUGACAGUACGCUCCAGAAUAAUUUUAUUUUUUCAGUAGCAAAUUUGAGUUAUCUUGAGUGGGCAGAACUGGUUAGCUUCUCUCUUUUUUUUGUAUAUUUGUACUCUGUGUUAUUAAUAAUUAUUAAAACUUUCACAGUUGUGUGCCUAUUUAGCCAAAGUCAGAAUUUGGUCAUUGCUUUCCUUGUGCCUCCUUUGAAUUC